AUGUCCGCGCCCGGCAAGGGGUUCCUCGCCUCCGACGAGUCCGCGGGCCCCUGGCUCCGCGCGGGCCACGUCGACGCCAAGAAGAUCGAGGACACGGCGGAGAACCGCGCGGCCUACCGGGCCAUGCUCUACAAGACGCCCGGCCUCUCGGAGUACGUGUCGGGCGCGGCCCCGCGCGUGAUCCUCCACAAGGAGACGCUCUUCCAGUGCGACGCGACGGGCGCGAAGAUGGUGGACCUCAUCACGGGCAACGGCAUGAUCCCCGGCAUCAAGCUCGACAAGGGCUACGACAAGAAGCUGGGCCUGCCGGGCACGGCCGUCGGCCCCCUCGGCCACCAGGAGACGUGGUGCAAGGGCAUCGACGACCUCGAGCAGCGCUGCGCGGACGCCUACGCGGCGGGCGCGCGCUUCGCCAAGUGGCGCAACGUGCUCCAGAUCGACCCGGCGUCGGGCAUCCCCAGCGACCUCGCCAUCUCCGUCUGCGUCCGCAACCUCGCCGAGUACGCGGCGAUCUGCCAGCGCCAGGGCCUCGUGCCCAUCGUCGAGCCCGAGAUCGUGCCCAACGGCACGCACGGCAUCGAGGUCUGCGCCGCCGUCACGGAGAAGGUCCUCGUCGAGCAGUUCGCGGCGCUCAAGCUCCACAACGUCUACCUCGAGGGCGCGGUGCUCAAGCCCAACAUGGUCAAGAACGGCAUCGACGGGCCCAAGGCCUCGCCCGCCGAGGUCGCGGACCUCACCGUCGCCGUGCUCAAGCGCACCGUGCCCUCCGCCAUGCCGGGCAUCUUCUUCCUCUCGGGCGAGACCGCGCUCGACGAGGACAACGAGGAGACGGCGACGAUCAACCUCAACGCCAUGCACGCGCGCCACAAGAACCUGCCCUGGGCCCUCUCCUUCUCCUUCGGCAAGGCCCUCCAGAAGACGUGCAUCGUCACCUGGAUGGGCAAGACCGCGAACGAGCCCGCCGCGCAGAAGGCGCUCCUCGACCGCGCCAAGGCCAACUUCGUCGCGGCGUCCGUCGGCACCUACGUCCCGGGCUCCUGCGCCUCCGUCGGCGCCAAGGGCAACACGGCCAUGCAGGGCGGCGCCUACUAG